CUUUAAUCAUGCUCCAAUUUUUCAACAAAGAACUCCUAUCGACACCAAUUUGAGAUACUUCAUUAAAUUCAUUUAUCUGAAACAUAAUCAAUAUUCAUGGCAAUUGUCAGACAUCUCACAACACUUAUUAAACAAUAUUGAUGUUCAAGAUAUCAACUGGAAAGCCACUCUACAAGUUUGGAAUCCAAACAAAGGUGCAAACAGCGCAUUCACCACUUCCUUCCACUCGAAUAUUAGAACUUAUUUCAUCAAGUGUAUAAAUCAACAACUUCCA